CUUGCACUCACCAGCCCAUCCUAUCCUCGACUCGAAGCCCUGCACUUCAUUUCGCUGGAGAGUUCCUCACCUUAGGGAGACAAGUCUACGCAAACCACUCAAAGCGGGCAGCUUCACGACCUGAUGGAGUCUGAUAAGCUCACAGAAGGCCAUGACUUGCAAGAGGCACCGGCAGCAGAGGGGUCAACACGAGCCUCAUCUGGAGAGAAUGAACCACCCGCAGAGCCAAAAGAGGGUUGUUCGGCCUUAUUACACAUACCAAGAGCAGCUACUAUCUGUCUUCUGGGCUUUAAUUGGGUCCUCUCGUUGCAUAAUGGCGUUCUGCACGGAGAACGGGCCCUGCUGUUCUCACUCUUGGGCAGCGAUGCGUCCAGCCGCAUGCAAGCGACGUACCUCAUCUCUAACACGAUGUCGCCUAUCUUGAUAUGGUCGGCAGAAGCGAAUCGCACGGACUUGAUGCUUUUGGAAAGCACGGCUUUACGCUUGCUCGCCUUAGCAGCUAUACCAAUCAGCGGCAUUGAGAGGGUAGCACCGAUAUACUACCUCUAUAGCAUGGCUACUUGGAAUUCCGCAAACUUGUCGGACGACCGUAUGAUACCCUCAGAAGCGGCCAAGGCAGUCCUUCCGGCAACCCUGCUUUGCUACGUACUUCCAGGCGCCCUGGUCAGCCUGGUUCCAUUGACAGCGACUGGAGUAUCGCUGUCUCACUUCAACAUAGAGAGCUCCAGCAUCACUGCCUUCUUUGUAGCUCCACUGAUUGUGCCAUGUUUGACGCAGAUGGUAUCGGCGGUGACACGCCUUGCCAAACGCAAGGCUGGCAAGGGUGGACCAAGACGCAAGGCAACGCCUGGAGACAAAAUGACACACCAGACUCAAGCCGCCCUCGACGUGUCGCGCUCUCUGAGGACGGCAUACGCAGUGUCGUUUGCCAUGCAAGCCACGCAGCACCUGUACACCAUCGUCAGCAGUCUUAUCCGGGCACCACGAGGUCAACGGUCAGUUGUAGCUGUGCUGAGCAACCUAUUGACCCAUCAGGCCAUUCCCAGACAGAUGUAUUCGAGCCUUGCUCUGUAUUCUGCCGCAACACUGGGGUUCGGGCUAUACACGGUAUGGGAGCUUCGCAGGCGUGGCCUGGUGUCGGACAAGGAUGCGAAGAAAUCAGCAGCUGGGGUUAUUGCCGGGCAGGUCUUGUUUGGGCCAGGAGCCACAUACGCUGGUCUGUGGUGGUGGCGUCACGGUGUUUUGUACAAGACUCGACAACUGGCUUGAGGGUAUUAUUGGACUCUAGCCACGUAGGUACCCUUGCUGGGUCACCUGGCCAGGUCUUCGGCUUCUUAUAUCUAAAUAUCAUUAACUUAAACCAAAAAUUCUAUCCCUA